AAAAAUAAAUAGUUUGAUGCAAGAUUUUUUUCUGUCAACAUGUGGUGCGCAAAAGCUGUUGGUGUCGCGUUCCUUAUCAUACUUUGUUCAACGUUUUGGAAAGGCUCUGACGCAUGCGCUGUGAACAUCUCAGUAACAGGAGCACCUCGGAUUUCCGUCAGUGAGCAACAAAGUUAUGUGCAGAUUACGCUGACCAGUGACAACGCAACGUCUGCAGUUACAGUGACGGCAUAUCCCCACGCAGUAACGGCUACCAAUGGCAGUGACGUGAAACUAUCAAACACAUCUAUCAAAUUUUCCGCUGGUCAAACUUCAGUGUCCACGAACAUUACCAUCGUAUCUGACCAGUCUCUGGAGAAUACUGAAACUUUCUACAUCCAGUUUGUAUCCACAGACCCAGAAGUUUGCAUUUUGAACAACAAUAUCACUGUACGAAUAACAAAUGACGACAAAGUGACUGUUGGAUUCAGUGAUACACUUAUUUCCGUAAGAGAAGAUAAUGCACAUAUUCCAAUCAAAUUGACUCUAACGGGUCAAUCAGCCAUUCCUGUUACUGUAGGGUAA